AUGUCUAGCCACGACGAAUAUUCCUCAGAUGAGGAGGACUUGUUUGAGAACAAAUCUGAGGUGUACUUGGGGUUCACUGAUAUCCCCUUCGCAGAAGAAGACGAAGAACCCACUAUCGAAGAUACUUUCAUAGGCGGACAGCCACUUUGGCUCCACCCUGAAUCUCGUCCUCUGGACAAAGAGCUCCAAUGUGACAACUGCCAUAAGCCAAUGGCACUCUUGCUACAAGCAUUUGCUCCUAUUGACGACAAGCCAUACGACCGAGUCAUUUACAUAUUUGGGUGCAAAAACUCUGCGCAAUGUUCCAAGCAGAAAGGCACGGUGAAAGCUUUUAGAGGCGUGGACAAGAACCCCGAAAGGAUUGCAGAGAUCCAAGCGGAGCAGGCUGAAGAGGCACAAAAGCUCCUCGAUGAGAAGCUUCGCCUCGAAGACAAGAAGAAGUUGCAGAUCGAGAUGACGAAGGAUCUUUUCGAUGCAACCAAGCCAUCUUCAAAUCCGUUUGGUGGGUCAAGCAACCCAUUUGGAGCUUCCAAUCCAUUUGCAAAUCCUUUUGGAUCAGAGUCUAAGGAGGAGCCGAAAGAGGAACCAAAAGAGGAGCCAAAAGAGGAGUCAAAGGAAAACAAGAAAUUGAGCUACGCAGAGGCCACAAAACCAAAGAACAAUGCUUCACCAGCAUCAAAGAGAGCCAUCAAGCUCCCAGAAUACCCAGGCUUCUUUGUGUUUACCGAACAAGAGAAGUUCAAGAAAGUGACCCUCGAACCAGAGUUGGAGAAGUAUAAAGACUUGAUAGACAAAAUGGACCCAGAGGAGACCUCCAAGGAGCGCAGCAUGUCUACUUCGUCCGGAAGCGGUACCUCUAAUGUGUUGAACCUGCAAAACCAGAAGAUUUCAAAUAUGUUGAACGAUUCCUACUUUGAGAAUUUCUCCAAUGUCGUCAACCAUAACUCCUCACAGGUACUCCGUUACGACUUGGGAGGCAAGCCACUUCUAUACAGUGGACGUGAUGAAGUGGCUAAGACGUUCAACUCUAAUACAUUGCCAGAUCCAGCUUACAAUCCUUCGUCGCAUCGCCAAUUUGAGCUUCAGCUCAUGCCCAAGGCUAUCAUCGACUUGGAGGAACACAAGAACAAGUCGAUUACCGAUAUUUUGAACGGCAUGUCAUGGGGAACUAUUAUCGUGGCCACAGACGUCGAGGAUUAUGUUCCACAGGUAGAUGAGAACCAUGUUGGGUAUGUUCAGGAAUAUUGUGGGGUGCAAUGGGAGGAGAGCGUUUAA